AUGUCGAAACCAUGCAGUUUGAUCAUCACGUUAGCGAUAUUUGUGAGUUUUUUGGCAUUUGCCAACGCGCAUUUUGAUUACCAUGACGCCCUCACGAAAUCUAUAGUUUUCUUGGAAGCCCAAAGAUCCGGGAAGCUUCCUCCUAACCAUAGGCCUAAAUGGAGAGGUGAUUCUGCUCUUGAUGAUGGAAAAGAAGUCGGGGUUGAUUUGGUGGGAGGAUAUUAUGAUGCCGGAGAUAAUGUGAAGUAUGGAUUUCCGAUGGCCUUUACCGUCACCACGUUGGCAUGGGCCACUUAUUUUUACAAGGCCGAGUUAACAGCUGCAGGAGAGAUGAAUAAUGUUCUUGCUAGUAUACGAUGGGGUACCGAUUAUUUCCUCAAAGCUAGCACUCAUAAAAAUCGAUUGUAUGUUCAGGUAGGAGAUCCAGUGAAGGAUCAUGAGUGUUGGGUUAGGCCUGAAAACAUGAAAACAUCAAGAAAAGUGUUGGAGAUUAAUCAAAAUCGUCCUGGAACCGAAAUUGCUGCCGAGACUGCUGCUGCUUUGGCUGCUUCUUCUAUUGUUUUUCGCAGUGUUGAUCAUGCAUAUUCCCGCAACCUUCUUAAUGGAGCAAAAAAGCUCUUUGAUUUUGCCAAUCAAUAUAAGGGAACUUUCGACGGUGAAUGCCCUUUCUACUGCUCCUUCUCCGGUUAUCAUGAUGAGUUACUUUGGGGAGCAACAUGGCUAUACAUUGCAACAAAGAAGCCAGUAUAUUUGAAAUUCAUACAAGAAGAGUCCACCACUGCUAUUGUUUCUGAGUUCAGUUGGGACCUAAAAUAUGCUGGUGCCCAAGUUCUGCUCUCUCAGUUAUUUUGGGAAGGACAAAAGGAAUUUCAGACUUUUCAACAACAGGCUGAUGGCUAUUUUUGUUCUGUUCUUCCUGAAAGCCCUUACCAUCAAACUUUCAUGACCCCAGGAGGUCUAAUUCACUUGAGAGAUGGUGCAAAUGCACAAUAUGUGACAUCCACAGCAUUUCUUUUCAGUGUUUAUAGUGAUAUACUGGCUAGGCAUGAUAAGAAAGUUACUUGUGGUGACAAACAAUUCACUUGUGUCCAACUCAUGGACUUUGCUAAAAAACAGAUGGAUUAUUUGCUAGGGAAUAACCCGUUAAAGAGAUCAAUGAUGGUAGGAUUUGGUCAAAAUCCACCCGUUCAAGCACAUCAUAGAGGUGCGUCUGUGCCAGUGAUGGCUCCAAAUGAAGAUGUGAAUUGUGGUAUGAGUUUCGUUUAUUGGUACAACACCGAUAAACCUAAUCCUAAUGAGCUUACGGGUGCAAUCCUUGGCGGUCCUGAUAGAGCAGAUAAAUUUGUAGACUCACGGGUUAAUUCAUCAUUUACCGAGCCAUGUACCUAUGUUAAUUCGCUCGCUGUUGGGGUUCUUGCAAAGCUGGCUAAACAUAAUGCUAAAGUAAUUUAAUUUUGA